CAGGUAUUGUCAAUUUGACAUUUUUAUUAUCUAAAACCCCUUUAGAACUGAAAAAACAUGGACACGCUUACCGGUUGCCAGGUGUUGAAAAAAGACGGCAAACUAAAGAACGCAGAAGACAUUCUAAACCCUAAAAUAACGACCGUCAUCUACUUGUUUACUGCUGGCCACGUGACGGGCCGCGAUAUAGUUUUGAAAACCCUGAAAAAAGUUUACCACGAAUCGAAAAGGCGCGGUGGCAGCUGGGAGGUGUUCUUCGUGUCGUCGGAUAAGAGUGAGGAGGCUUUCAAGGCGGAAUUUUUUUCCGACAAACACGGGAACUGGUACGCCCUGCCCUAUAACGACCCGCGUUGCGAAGAGCUUAGGUACAAGUACAAUAUUAGCAGCCUUCCGAACGUAGUGGUUGUUAGGACUGAUGGGGAAGUUGUCACCCUGAAUGGGAGGGAAGAUUUGGAAAGCAUUGGGAUUAAUGUUAUUGUUACGUGGGGUUAA